AUGUCCUUUAAGGGCUACCUCAUCUGGUACCACAAGACACCCCCUCGCGCCCAGAGGUUGCAUACGUAUGAAAGCGUGUGGAAGACCUUGUGUCAAUUGUACUACGAGGUAUUCCACAAGGUAGCGGCCGAUGAUGUUGGCAAAGAGAUCGCCAAUCACCUCCACGGGCAAUCCUGCAGUGAGCGUGGCCUGAUCAAGGGCAUGAGACAAAAGCAUGUCGUCGGUCACAACGGCCUCCACGGCGCGCUUUACUACCAGUGGAAAUUCGAUACCGAUAACUUUGCUCUUAAACUGGAACGUGUGCAACUUGCCACGAGGAUCCUUUUCCUGGCCUUCACCAGCGCCCGAUCUGGCCCUAUCUUCGAGAGUGGCUGCGAGGGGAUUGCUGGGACGAAUGCCGCUUUACUCUACAGAGAUGUAAAAUUAAGGCUCUUACAGCCGCCGGACGAAGCGUCGCUACUGGUCCUGGAGGUCACCAUAAUGUUGGAUAAGGGCAAACGCAAGCGGAAUGCGUCGCUUGUCUCUGCCGGGCUGACCCCAUAUACCUUGCACAACUUCUCCAGCCCAGACGGCCGCAUUACCAUUGACUUCGCCUUCAGGGACGACAGCCUUGAGGCUCUACCCGCCAAUUCAAUUUCGUACUGGAUCAGGAGAUCAGGCCAAAGAGCGGGCUUUGAUCAUCCCUCCCAGCCUUAUGCUCUUCGGCAGGAGGCGGGAACGGAACUGACAGACCGCGGAGCCACCUUUCUCGGUACUGCAUCGAAGUCAGACUUGAUCAAGGAGAUCGGAAAGCUCUGCUUGCGCCGUGACCCCAACCUUCCAAAGCGGCUGUCGGAGGAUCAGCGCACGCAGGCUCAUCAGCACCCUGAUGUCGUCCGCGCUAAGAAACAAAAGGACGCCCUGGCCCAAAGGCUCCAGGAUGGCCCUGGCUCCAUCAAGAACGGUUCGAAGUCGCCUGACGGCAUUCAGCAUACACGGGUGCAAAGCAAAUUAAGAGGUCUGAAGCUCCGCCUGGAACGCGAUGUUUUCGCACAAAUUCUUCGUGAAUUUCACAGUGCCGCGGUCCUAGAUCACAUGGUGACACAGCUCAAUGGAGAAGAGCCCACUUCCAAGAAUACUCGCUCCAAUGCCACGUAUCUUAGAAGAAUGCUGGCAGGUCGCUCACCAUUUGUUUCAAUCGGCGACCGAGUCCUCCUUCGCCAACAUGAUUGA